UACACACUGAAUAUUCGAAACACGAAUAUACCUCCCUUGAAAAUAAACGGACGACUUAAGACCUUUUUAUUGCGUGGGAAUGCCAUUACGCAGAUGCCUGCCAUCAUCAACCUGAGAGGAAUCCGAAUGCAGAAGGAUGCUGCGUAACACGUCGCCCACACCGCGCAGCUCAUUUCGAUGAACAUUAUUGGUUUACGGCGUUUCUUCUAACUGGGAGGCUUAACUUCCACCUCGAGGGAGGAUUCGACAAGAAAUAGGCUACCGCGGUGCCCAUCAGCAGAGAGGACCACACGAAAGCAGCGGCAGGCGGAAACAAUGGUGACGAAUCUGCGAACCCAUGUGAUGAAUCAACGAUUGCUCGGCCAUACUAAAUGUGUGGGCAUAGCUGUUAGAGAUUCAGUAAGGGACUAGAAUAGAUGGAGGCAGGAAGACAUCGACUGCCAGCUUUAGGCGCUGCGCAUGAAAUCAGUUAGCUUACCGAAAUGGGGGGCAAAAACCGUAAAACGCACGGAUGACCAAAUGGCGUUUAGGUGAAGUAACGUUAGCCUCACAUUCGCGUGAUGCUGACGAGAUGAUAGCACAACCUGCUACGGAGAAUUUGACAGUAAGGUCUCACGGGAUGCUGUGAGCACAACCUCUUUUUUGGUUUUAUUAAAUAUAAAUAGCCUAUGCUGAUGUCAGCUACUAGGCCUACCGCAUCGAAAAUGUUGACCAAUAUACUUUAUUGACUAUUGAGCAACUUGUAGCGCAGCGUUUAUAUUAACUUGUAGAUUUCGAGAAACAUUAAGUCGGUGGUAUCUUUGUUGCAAGUUGUCACAUUAUUAUGGAUUUGGGUUAAUCCUGUUAAUGUGGGCGACCUAACAUUAAAAGACUGCCGUAGCCUACUCUGUGUUAUGAUUCCUCGCGUUUCUCACGACAUACCGCAGGCUGUAAAUAUGUUUGCAUCUCUGUGAUCAGCCUGGCAAACUGAAGCGAAAUGCAAAGCGACAUCGGCAGGAAGCGGUCUUAUCAUGCACGUACGAGGAACGGAUGUUCUGUGGUAUGUACUGUGAACUACUUCUGCGGAUCACAGACGCUAACCAUGUCCAGGCUGCGCAAAAAAGCCUGUGUGGCACUAUUCUUGUUCACACUGUUUAUCUUCGGCACUAUGAUGGGCUUGAGAACCCUCAAGCCCAGCGACGGGUUCUCGGACCUGGCGCCCGGAAUGGACCUGAUGCCGUUCGUGGGCGAGAGGGCAGAGAGGCGACAAGUUGCGAACGAUGUGCUGGCAACUGCGGGCCAGAGUCGUUUUCCCAGCGACACCAAAGUAGUCUUCUCGAACUCUGGACCUGAGAAAAGUAUUUUUUACGACAUUCAUAUAUUCUAUUAUCUGUGGUACGGCACUCCGCAGAUGGACGGUAGUUACAUCCACUGGGACCACGUACUUGUGCCUCACUGGGACCCCAAAAUCGCAGCCAGCCAUCCCAAAGGGAAGCACGUUCCUCCGGAGGACGUCGCCUCGAGUUUCUAUCCCGAACUGGGACCCUACAGCUCAAGGGAUCCGGACGUGAUUGAAUCCCACAUGUCCCAGAUUGAGGCUUCCGCUGCAGGGGUGGUGGUGCUGUCCUGGUAUCCUCCCGGCGUGGCGGACGAGCAUGGCGAGCCCUCGGAGGACCUGGUGCCGGCCGUCAUGGAUGCCGCUCACCGGCACCGUAUCAAGGUGGCCUUCCACAUCCAGCCGUAUAAGGGCCGCACAGACCUCAGCAUGCAUGACAACAUCAAAUACAUCAUUGACAAGUAUGGUAAUCAUGGAGCCUUCUAUAAAUUCAAGUCCAACACGGGGAAAAUUCUGCCUCUCUUCUACAUCUACGACUCGUACCUGACCCCUCCCGAGGCCUGGGCUGACCUUUUGACCUCGAGCGGGGCCCACAGCCUGCGGGGCACGCCGUACGACGGGAUCUUCAUCGGCCUCAUCGUGGAGGAGCGGCACAAGCACGACAUCCUGGCGGGGGGCUUCGACGGCAUGUACACCUACUUCGCCUCCAACGGCUUCUCGUUCGGCUCGUCCCACCAGAACUGGAAGGCCAUCAAGGCCUUCUGCGACAGCAACGACCUGCUGUUCGUGCCGAGCGCCGGACCGGGCUACGUGGACACGGCCGUGCGGCCCUGGAACAACCACAACACCCGCAACCGGGUCAACGGCCGCUACUACGAGACGUCGCUGCAGGCCGCGCUGUCGGUCAGGCCCGAGGUCAUCACCGUCACGUCCUUCAACGAGUGGCACGAGGGCACGCAGAUCGAGAGGGCGGUGCCCAAGAAGACGGUCACGCGGCUCUAUCUGGACUACAAGCCCCACAAUGCCGAUCUCUACCUGGACAUCACCAGGAGGUGGGCGGAACAGUUUAGCAAAGAGAAGGAGCAGUGGCUCAUGUGAAGUGUCGUGCCUGUGCCCGUGAAGUGCAUUGUGGGUGUCUGUGCGGAGUGCUGUGCGUGUGUGGCGUGUGUAUCUUGUGGCGUUCCUCUAAGAUGGACUGUAUAGGAUUGCAAGACUGUGCGACCAUCACCUUAUCUUCCCCCGUGAUGGGCUUUUAUUUGCCAUCUCUUUUACCUGGGCAACUCUUCUACCAAGGACGGUUAUGUAUCUACUUCUCUCCUGUACUCUGCUGUAAACAGCCAGCCGCUACAAUGAGCUAGAAUAAAGGUUGCCCCUCUCUCUCUCUCUCUCUCUCUCUCUCUCUCUCUCUACCCCCUCCCUCUCUCUCUCUCCCUCCCGCCCUCCCUCCCUCUCUCUCUGGGUGGUUGCAUAAUGCUAAAUGCUCUCUAUUCAGAAUGCAGUCCCUAAUGUCACAGAUGCCAUUUUAUAAUUCUCACAACCAAAUCACCUACACUCUGUCUCCUCGCACAACAGUCUGUGUUAUCUGUGGCCUGCACUUUGCUGGAAUAUCAGUAUUACAUGUAAUAUUUCUGCUGUGGGGGGAAAAUAGUUUUCUUCUGUGGAUAGACAAAAUACACCAUGAUUGGACUUUAAAGGCGCAGUCUGUGAUUUUGAGUUUUGUGAAAGAUUGAUGUUUAAGCUUAACAGCCAAUCAAGAUUACGGUCUUUCUUUCUGUGCCCCUAAAGCGCUAUGUCGAAUGUCUAAGAUUUAUGAUGGUUGUUGUGAGGCUCUAUGUUUAUUUCCCCAUUUACAGACCCUGUGUACAAAAGUACAGUACACACUGAAAGGACAGUUUGAGGACUGUGGAGACAAAUUCACUGAAUUGGACAUAAAAAAAAAAAGUGAAUGGAAUCAGAAUCACAGACUGCACCUUUAAUACAGUCUGAUGUUUUAAUCCUGGGACAUGUUUUUCUUGAGAAUCGCAUUUUAUUGUAACCAUGUUUUACAUUUUGUAGAAAGGUAUUCAUUACCAAAAUAAAUCAUGCGUGAAGUCAAAAAAAAAUCUGGA